AUGAGUGACCGGUCACCACUACCCAAAAGGCUGGCUGCUGCCGUGCCUCGUGGUGUCAGCUUCAGCUGCUUCCACAUCUCGACCAAGCCCGGCCCCUCCUCAGCCUUGUUAUCUCCCUUGCCCAGCCAGCCAGACGAGCCCACAACAUGCGAGUCUCACUUCCUCGCCAUUUCUUCCCCGGAAGAUCAAGAUGCUGGCAAGAAGCCACUCCUGAUUUUUGCCCUGGAGAUUCUUAUCUUCACCACAUCCUCUCUUACCUUCAUCUUUGUUUCAAAGGCCGAUUCCUCAGGCUUUUCUUCUUCCUUGCAUUCCCCCAAGAAUGCUCCUUCUCUCAUCUCUACUGUCACCUCUACUUUCAUUGAUUUCCUGCUACAACCUCGACUAUCUAGGUCUAGAGUGGUUCUUUCACUGUUUGCUCGAGCUCAGAAUCAGUAUUUAUUUCCUGGCAGCAUCGAGAACCCAACCAAGCACGUCUUAGAUGAUCGACAGUUGAUCAGAUGGUGGAAUCGCAUUUUCGAUAGGACUCUACGGCAAUACGACCGCAACUUGGGGCCUGACCUGAAAAUCACCGCACACGUCGUCGUGCCUGGAUGCGAUCAAGCAGAAACCAAAGCCUUCUUUCCUCCUUCCAGCCGGUCGGAUCCUCCCGCAGAUCCAAAGUGGUUCAACUCAUACCCUGUGGAUCUGCUUGUUGCCGAUACAGCCAAACCCCCCCGAUAUCUCAUCCCUCGUUUGCCUGACGAUCCCAAAUCUCGAUUUCUCGAUGAUCUAGAUAAGGAUUUCACCGAUCACCACGGCCAAUGGCGGAGUGUCAGAUCCCUCCGCGACUUUUGGGAAAUGAUGUCCUACAGACAGGAAUGUUCUGCGGGGAGAUUGGUCGGGUUUAUCUGGAUGGCCUUCUCACGGAAUCAAGCGGAGCACCUGUCCCUUGGCGCUCUUGAGGAAGGGUGUCAGACAGCGGUUUCGGCGAACCCACAACUGAUUACACCAGAUAGCUCCUUUCGGCGGCAGGACAGUGGUGUUACACAGGCGCAAGCUCCCCGGGAUGAACGCGUGGGCUUAAUUGCAGUGCCAAAUUCACCUGCACCUUCCACGCCAAAUGCAAUUCCCCGGCAUCAUUCGGAGAAAGCGCAGGAAAAUGGGGCCAUCGGGCCACAGCCUCUCAACUCGGCAAUUGGGGAACUGCCAAUCACCGAGAGUGAUGUUGCUGAGACCACACGCGGAGAAAUCGUGGUCGAUGCUGAGCAGUACAAUAUUCUUAUGGACUUCCUAUUACAGACUGACUUUGCCGGGGAGAGAUUAGCAGCCGAACAUAGCCGUGGUUGGAUCAGUAAAGCCUUAGAGGUAUCUAAGGCAUCCGCAUUUGGGUACUCUAUACAUGGCGAACUCAUCUUGGGUCCAACCUCCCAAACAGGGCCCGAAAACCCAGCAUCACAACCAAUCAAUGUGCUCACAAACAUUCGCAAGAAGAGGAAAGCCGACCAAUUAGGUACCAAAGGAGGCGCUCCAGCGGACGAGCAAGCUCCUUUGCUGGCUCCUAUCAACAACCUCGCGACUUCAUUGGUGCGGAAGAAAGUCAAAAGCUGA